GAGAUGUUGGAAUGAAUCAUAGCUUUUUUUAAAUACGCACAACGCAUAAUUUAAGUGUGUAGCCGCUGCUGAGCUGUAAAUUUCUCAUUUAGUUUUAGUUUAUUAGUUUGAUUAAAAUGGCAAAUUUUCAUUUUUUCAAUUCAAUCUUUAAAUCUAUAGACCUCUAUGUCGUUAAAAUCAUACCUCUAACUUUAGAAUCCGCCUUGUUUAUGCUGGUUAAUAUAGCAGCCAUACCAUUAGGUUUUGUUUUACAGUGGCUUUUAACCGCUCCAAGAGUCGGCGAGAAUGUUCGUCAUCUGUACAGCACAUUUAUUGGGCUAUUUUAUUGCGUCCUUUGUUUUCGAUGGAAUACAGUCGUCUGUCUUGUUCCAAUAAUUGCAUUCUACCCUCUACUGAAUUGCUUCUUGACCAAUAGACAUCUUGGAAAGUACGUGCGCAAUGUGUUACGUCAGAAAAGAAUAACUUUAUUUCUCUCGUUGUUCUACCUGCUUUCACUUCACGUGUACCGCCAUACAUUGCACUAUGGCCAGGACAAAGUGGACCAUACAGUAUUUCUCAUGUUCUGGUUCCAGAAGAUAACUUAUAUGGCAUACAACCUCCAAGACGGUCAAAUGCCAGAGUCUGAACUUGUGGAUGACUUUCACAAGAAGAAACGAAUCACUCAAUUGCCCUCAUUUCUGACAUACUGUAGUUACUUCCUCACAUUUCUGGGGUUCCAAAUGCUGCCCGCGUUUUGCUUCAGCGAUUACGCUGACUUCAUUCGCGGAACGAAUUUGACAACUUUCGAAAAACAGGACAAAGCUUCAAACACUGUAAAAGAGAAACACCCGUCACCUAACUGGAUGGCGCUGACAACUAUACCUUUAUCUAUUAUCUACUUCUGCACUGUUUUGAUGCUCAGCCGACAUUUUCCUAUCCAACGUAUGAUAGGUGAGCAAACUGUUUCGCUCUUCCAUUUAAAAGACGAGAGUUACAUCACGAGCACUUCAUUCUUGUACAAAGUUGGCUACUGUUGGAUUGCGAUGUUCCUUUUCCGACUGCGCUAUUACUUCACGUGGAAGUUAGCCGAGAGCAGCUGCUAUGCUUCGGGACUUGGGUUCUCAGGGUGGACUGAGGAAGGAAAGGAGAAAUGGGAACUAGUGCGAAAUGGAGAUAUUACUCGAGUUGAGUUUUGUACCAGCUGGAAGGAGUUCUGGGACAGUUGGAACAAUAUGACUGGCAGUUGGCUUCGGUUCAUCUGCUACUCCAGAAUUGAAGACAAAACGCAGGCCACUGCACUCACUUUCCUGUUGUCCAGUGUCUGGCAUGGAUUCCAUCCCGGAUACUUUGUACUGUUUGCUCAUAGCUACAUUCUGGUCCUACUGGGAAGAAAGUUUCGUCAUUCGGUUAGGCCUUUUUUCCAAGGCACUCUUGCGAAAAAGAGACUCUACAAUAUACUUGGCUGCAUUGCGUUUCAACUGACAAUCAGCUACACUUUCAUUGGUUUGGAAACCCUGGAAUUCGCCAAAACGUUUACCAUAUACAGGUCAAUGAACUUCUACGUCACUACUAUCAUUAUCGUUCUCUUCGGUGCUUUACCCGAAGACGAAUUGGAUUCAUCAAGGUCACACUCAAAACCGGAAGAAGAGAAAGGAACUGUUGCCAGAGAUCAAAAAACGAAAACUAUGAGCUAUGAGAAAACGAAGUAGUUGUAUUUUUGGGGGUCUUCUUAAAAACCACCGCCCUUCCCCUCCCCUUCGUUGCCUAGGAAAGAAUCCCUAGCCCUAUAACGAAUUGAUUUGACAUUUAUAAACAAUUUUUUUUCUAACGUAUAACAAAUUAUUCAUUUUUGCGAUAGUUUUAAUUAUAAUUCAAUUGGUCUCCAA